AAAACCAAAUCGCAACCAAAAUCAUAGACGCAAUGAUCUCAAGCGGCUCUUUCGAAGAUUGGAGCGGAGCGUUCCUCAACAACAACGACGAAUUAAACGGUCCAGUCCUCACUUCAACUCUCUUCCUCCCCAAAACAUCCGUAGAAGGAAUCAACGCCACGUCACCACUCGUUGCUUCUUACCACAUAGUUCCACAAUGGCUUGACUUCUCAGUCAUAAGUCUCAUGAUGCCUUUCUCUCGCAUUCCUACACUUCUCUCUGGACACUCUAUAGUCGUUACCAACAAUUCAGCUUCUGGUUUUACUCUUGAUGGCGUCCUCAUCUCUGAGCCAGAUUUAUUCGUCUCUCCUUCCAUAGUUAUCCAUCGAAUGGCUUUUCCAUUUAACUUCUCUCGUUACGGUGGUGGCGAUAUAUAGUUAUUUCACUCUUAACUGGCUUCUCCACUUUGUUUCUUUAGUUUUACUAAUACUUUAAAAUAAUUAACGAUGACCUUG